AUGUUUAGCGUAACUUGGUAUGAAGCAGCGGAGCAAUCCGCCAGCUUUUUACCCUUUUCGUCUGGACUACUUUGGAUAUUGCUUUGGAAGUUGGAAGAACAGCGACCGCGAAGCGGGUACUGGGAUUCGCAUGAGGAGUGGAUGGAGCAAUCGGGGAUCUUUAGGAGAGACGGAGGAGGGUCGGCGGAGAUGUUGAAGCCGGUGAAGGACAUCCGAAAAACUGUACGGGAUGCUGAAGCUGAAAUGCACCCGGGAAUUGAAAUGGUUCGCGGUGUCUCCGGUGGGAACGGAUGCGGUAUCGUCAAUGGCGGCAAAGACGGGCAAUGA